GCUAACCCGAGCUAAGCUAAGCUAACUAACUAACCAACAUACAUAGGCGAGUUUUAGCCUGCGCGAGUUUCCGGCAGUGCAGGCUUUAUUUAUCUAAUAAAUUUAAAGUUCACUGUUUAGAUAUAUAACGUUACAUAUUUUUAAUGAAAGCAACAACUAGAGGUGGGUAACCCAGGUCCAAAAAGUAAAAAUCCACCCCAGGCUCUGCCGCAGCUUAGCCGCCCAGGCCGUUGGUACAAAACCCUGGGGUGGAUUUUUAUUUUAUGGACCUGGGUUACUCACCUCCUCACUCUAGUCGUUGGCGGCCACAAUAAUUACUGGCUUGUCAUGUGAAAAUGGCGAAUGUGCGGCCACGCGCCUGUGGGAUUCAACUGUAGCCCCUUUUGUUCGCUUCAGUUCCUGUAGCUUUUAUUCUGUUUUCAGGCUGAUUUACGGGGGAUUUCAUACGUUUUAACCCGCUGUGAUUAAAGCUGUGUCGGCUCAGAUUCAGGGAUAUUUUCUGUGUGAAUCUCGCUGGUUUUGGAGCGUCUCCGCCGGAUCUUGAGCUGGAUAUUGUGCUGCUGUUGACAAGAGAAGGCAGGAGGAGGAAUGUAAGCUGGACCUCUUCUCUGCAGGGUCUGCGGACAGCAUGGGGCUGGACUUCGACGUGAAAACAUUCUGCCACAACCUACGGGCCACCAAACCGCCCUACGAGUGCCCUAUUGAAACUUGCCGCAAGGUCUACAAGAGCUACAGCGGCAUCGAGUACCACCUGUACCACUAUGACCAUGACAACCCACCUCCCAUCCAGAGCACACCCCAGAAGAAGCGUAAGGGUCGCCCGCCGCGGGUCUCCCUCUCUGGCUCGGUUGACGGGGCAGACUCCAGCGGUGGGCCUGGACUGCCCGGGCAAAGUGGAACGCCUGGCAGUCCGGCGGAGCACUCUGAACACUCCCAUUCUCCUGAAAGGGAGACUAUGACUUAUGCCCAAGCUCAGCGCAUGGUGGAGCUUGAGAUCGGCGGCAAAGUGCACCGGAUCAGCAUUUUCGAGGACCUGGACGUUGUGUCGGAGGAAGACAGCGAUGCUGAGGAUGCACCUGCCUCUGGUGCAGGAGGCUCCACUGCUUGUAAUGGGGGUGAUGGGGGCGGGACUGAUGGCGGGGGUAACGGGAAGGACAGGCCAGACACCCCUGGUGCAGCCAAUGGGGGAAAGGGGACUGGGGCCACACCCAAAUCCGGUAAACACAAGAGUAAAGAGAAGAAAAAGGAGGGUUCGCAUCAUCAUGGUAACAUGGCUGGCCCGGCUGUGAAGUUGCCGGAGGCUGUGUUCCGAGAGCUGGAUCAGGAGAGACCUGAUGCACCACCACGGACGCUGUCUUAUUACAGGUACAUAGAUAAGUCUGUGGAGGAGCUGGAUGAAGAGGUGGAGUAUGACAUAGAUGAGGAAGACUAUAUCUGGCUUGACAUCAUGAAUGACAAAAGGCGCAUUGAUGGAGUAACGCCGAUCCCCCAGGAGGUCUUUGAGUACCUGAUGGAUCGUCUGGAGAAGGAGUCCUACUUUGAAAGUCACAACAAGGGUGACCCCAGUUCCUUAAUCGAUGAAGACGCUGUCUGCUGCAUCUGCAACGAUGGCGAGUGUCAGAACAGUAAUGUCAUCCUGUUCUGCGACAUGUGUAACCUGGCUGUGCAUCAGGAGUGUUAUGGAGUUCCCUAUAUCCCAGAAGGCCAGUGGCUUUGCCGCCGCUGCCUGCAGUCGCCGUCCAGAGCUGUAGACUGCGCCCUCUGCCCUAACAAGGGCGGAGCCUUCAAACAGACAGACGACUCCCGGUGGGCACAUGUUGUGUGUGCGUUAUGGAUACCUGAGGUCUGCUUUGCCAACACUGUGUUCCUGGAGCCCAUCGACAGCAUCGAGCACAUCCCACCAGCACGAUGGAAGCUGACCUGCUACAUCUGCAAGCAGCGCGGCUCGGGCGCCUGCAUCCAGUGCCACAAAGCCAACUGCUACACGGCUUUCCACGUCACCUGCGCCCAGCAGGCCGGCCUCUACAUGAAGAUGGAGCCGGUGCGCGAGACGGGCGCCAACGGCACCUCCUUCAGCGUCCGCAAGACGGCCUACUGCGACAUCCACACCCCGCCGGGCUCGGCCCGACCACUGGGGGGCGUGGGUGGUGCCAGCACAUCCCACAGUGAGGGGGAGGCCGAGGACGAGGAGGAGGUGAGCGCAGUUGGUGAAGAAGAAGGAAAGGGGUGGAGCUCAGAGAGAGCCAAACGGGCCAAGGCCAAGUCCAGGAGGAAGAUGAAGAGGGCGAGGAAGAUCCUGGCAGAGAGGAGAGCAGCUGCGCCCGUAGUUUCUGUGCCAUGCAUACCUCCACACAGGCUUAGUAAGAUCACAGCAAAUCUUACUGUACCUAGAAAGAGUCAGUUCAUGCAGCGGCUGCAUGCCUACUGGACCCUGAAGAGACAGAGCCGCAAUGGUGUCCCACUGCUGCGACGCCUGCAGACGCAUCUGCAGUCUCAACGCAAUCCUGAGCCUAUUCCUAUUCCUACGAGGGACACUGAAGAAAAGCAUGCAGCACUCAAGGAGCAGCUGAAAGCCUGGCAGAGACUCAGGCAUGACCUGGAGAGAGCCAGACUGCUGGUGGAGCUUAUCCGCAAGCGAGAGAAGAUCAAGAGGGAAGCGAUUAAGGUUCAGCAGCUGGUCUUGGAGAUGCAGUUGACUCCAUUUCUGGUAUUGUUGAGGAGCACAUUGGAACAACUGCAGGAACGAGACACUAACAACUUCUUCACUGAGCCUGUCCCACUGAACGAGGUCCCUGACUACCUGGAUCACAUUCAGCAGCCGAUGGACUUUCAGACAAUGUGGCUGAGUCUGGAGUCUCAUCACUAUCUCAGCUUCGAAGCUUUUGAGGGAGACUUCCUUCUCAUUGUUAACAACUGUCUGAAAUACAAUGCCAAAGAUACGGUCUUCUACCGGGCGGCACUGCGGCUGCGGGAGGCAGGGGGCGCAAUUUUGCGGCAGGCACGGCGCCAGGCUGAGCGGAUCGGCUACGAGUACGAAACCGGCAUGCAUCUCCCCCGAGAGCCGAGCCCCGAGUCGCCCCGUGAGAGAGAUCGUGAGCGAGAGAGGGAGCGCGAGAGAGAGAGAGAGAGGGAGAGGGAACGAGAACGAGACAGAGAGAGAUCACCUUCAAUCAAUGAAGACGAGCUGAUAUUAGUUGAGAACCGGCGGAGGUUGCCACUUGAGGAGCAACUGCGGAUCUUGCAGGAACGCUUUGAUGAGGUCAACUCAGGAAAGCACAGCAUCGGCCGAUCGCGACGAGCCAAAGCUCUGAGGAAGGAGAUGACUGUCAUAAAGCGCAAGCUAGCCCAUCAGCGUGAGGGCCUGUCCGGUAUGGCCUGCCGCGAUUCAGGGACCUCUGGAGAGAGAGCAUCUGCCCUAGCGCAUCAUUCCUCAGGGACCACUCGCCACGAUGAGGGAGGGGAGAGCAGCAGCCAGGAGAUUGGUGGAAAAGACGUCAGUGCAUCUGCUUCCACCCUGGCCUCAGAAGUGGGACGCAGAACUUCUGUCCUGUUCUCCAAAAAGAACCCAAAAGCCACUGGUCCCCCAAAGCGUCCGGGUCGGCCCCCAAAAAACCGAGAGGCGCUACACAGCGUCGGUAACGUGAGCUCCAGUCCUGUCGGCCCUCCCCAGCUCACCUCUGUUCGCCAACGCAAGAGACCCCGCAGCCCCCGAUCCAGCUCCAGCUCUGAGAGCGACAGUGACAAUGACCACGUUCUUCUGGGUCUGCCUAGCAACGGCUUUGAUGGAGGCAGUCAGCCAGUGACUGAGAGCUUCAGAGUUUAUAGGAAUGAGCGAAGUUUGCCUCGCUCCAGCUCCGACUCAGAGUCCACCACCAGCAGCAGCAGCAGUGCAGCCUCCGACAGAACCAGUACCACUCCCUCUAAACAAGGCCGGGGCAAGCCCUCCUUCUCCCGCUCAGCCUUUCAGGAGGACAGCAGUGAGGAAACAUCAGGAACAGAGAACGACUCCUACUCUGUGGGAGGAUCCAGAGGGGUUUCUCACUUGGUGCGAAGCAGGGGUAGGUCAAGCUGUUGGAUGAGCUCCACAGACUACAGUUCCCUCGAUGCACUUGAUCUGGUCUGGGCCAAGUGUCGAGGAUAUCCCUCUUACCCUGCUCUGAUUAUUGAUCCUAAGAUGCCGCGGGAGGGAGUGUUCCACCGAGGGGUGCCAAUUCCCGUUCCACCUCUGGAGGUGCUGAAGCUGGGUGAGCAGAUGACCCAGGAGGCACGAGAACAUCUCUUUCUGGUGCUCUUCUUCGACAACAAGAGGACUUGGCAGUGGCUGCCCCGCUCUAAGCUGGUCCCGCUGGGUGUGGAUCAGGAGUUGGAUAAGGAGAAGAUGCUGGAAGGCAGGAAGUCCAACAUCAGAAAGUCUGUCCAGGUGGCCUAUCACCGCGCCAUGCAGCACCGCAACAAAGUGCAGGGAGAUCCCAGCAGCGAUACCAGCGACAGUGACUGAACACACUCAAACACACACUCAAACACACAUACACACUCUCUCUCAAACACACACACACACAAACACAGUGAUUCACUCUCUCUCUCAUAGCUCACACAGUGUUCAAGCAUGCAUGUAACCAUAUAUGAUCAGUUUACAUUGAUGGAUCUCACACAGAUAGACACCCAUUGGACACCCAACUGCCCAAACACACACACACACACACACACAGAGCAGCCCGGCUCUUCUGGUGCUACCGCUACGUUGGGAGUGCUGUUUGAUGUGUGGUGGUGGUCUGAAGGUCUGUGGGGGUCAGGGGUUAAGUGUAUAGUGUAUGUUGUCAGGUCUUGUGUGUAUCUGUGUGUGUAAAUAUAAACAGUGCUAGAAUGUUUUAUAGAAAUGCUCUUUUUCACGGCACAGAUAAAAGGACAGUUCCAUGUCUAGUUAGUGAACUAUGGGUGCGCAAUAUUGCAAGAACAGAACAUGAUGAUAAUAUAAAUAUAAAAGAAGAAAUUCAGGCAUUUAGAGUGGCUUGAUGGGAAAUAAUUAAUUGUAAAGAAUUCAGUAAUGGUGGUAGGUCACAUUGUUUACCACACAAGUACACUGAUGAACCAAAAGUCAUUGGAUAGCAGAAUGUAAAUCGAUUGCAGGAGCCAGGAGAGGGUUUGAAAAUGUGCACACUUGUAUUAGCCAGGUUCUCACUACACAAUGUUAGCCCACAUUCUCAGUCUCCGCCAAUUUUUAAUAGAUCACUGACAAAAAACUCUGCUCUGUGGAAAUCGUGGAUCUCUCAGCUCGAUCAGUUGUGUGGUUGAAAGAUGCUCGCCGAGUCUCAGCCGCCCCACAAAUAUUCAGCAUGCUAAAUAUCUGAUCCAGUUGGCAACUGGGAGUCUAUCUACAGACGAUGGGAUCACGUACAAGGAGAAAAAGAACCAUGGGUCCAAAACACAUCUCCUACAUGACCCGAGCAAAAUGUAUAUAUAGUCUAACUACUUUUUAUUUCUGUUAUAUCAGUAAACUACUGUUACACUCUAGAGGGCACUUACAAGUGAGUCCUCUAUGAAUGAGGGUGAAAAAAGUUAUGUAGAGUGAACCAUGACCCUGGCUUAAGUUGUGAGGUAAUAUCUUGUGAGUGAUGCUCAACACUGGUCAACAUGCUGAUCGUGAGUGCAGAUGGAUGAAACAUUACGUUUUUAAAGUAAUGUAAGCAUUUAACAUUUCUCAAUUCACAGUUUUACAGGUAUACAGGGAAUAGAAGUAAUGUCAUAGAGGUCAUUACCACCUACAAUGGACAGUACAGUGUGUGGUAAUGUUUGUGGGAUUGAACUUAAUAUGCUUAUCCUGCAGGUCAGUGGAGCCUUCUUUAGCCUCUGUGGGACGUGUGAAUAGUACUAGAACACUGUAUUAGUUUCUGACACAUGGCAUGUUUUUCUUAUUAUUUUCCUUCUGCUGUAAAAUUGCACUGUUUUGUGCAAUGUUCCAAGUCAUUUGGGGCAUGUCUCUUGGUCCUUUUAUCAUCAAAUUUUAAUACAAUGUAAAGAACACCUGCAGAUACACAUUAUGUACAAAAAGCUAUAAGUUAUUUUCAGAUUUAAUUGUGCUUUUUUCAUUAUCUUUAUUACAAAUUGAAUAUAUCACUUAAAUUUAAGCCAAACCCUUAUUUGAAAAAGAUCAAAUGUUUGUGGCAUCCGUUUGUGGCAUCCGUGGCAUAUUUAAAACCAAUUAAUACAAUACAAUUUCUGUAGUGUAGCUUUCAUCUGCAUUACUGAACAAUGCUGACUCAGUAGGUUUCUCUACAGGGAAAUGUUUCCCCAUUACCCAACCCACUCAUUAGGACUCCCUCUGUCAUUAGUAAUGCCCAAACACAAGGAGGGUGAAGACUAGUACAUGCCUCCUCCGAUACAUAUGAAGUCAGACUUUGGCUCUUUUCAAACGGCUGCUGAUGCAGCACUGCCGAGUAGCAUCACAGGAGGAAAGCACUCGGAGGAAAGUGCAGCAACUCUGUUCUGAGCUAACAGACGUCUUAGGCUGAUCUACAUCACCCUUUGGAGUGAUGAAGGGAAAGAGCGCAAUCUACCCACCCAGAGAGAGCAAGGUCUAUUUUGCUCUCUCAGGGCUCCAGCAGCUGAUGGCAAGCUGCAUGACUGGGAUCGAACCAUUGAUCUCCUGAUUAUAGUGGCAGUGCCUUAGUCCACUAGACCACUCAGGGCCCACCUUUCAGUUUAUUUAAACCAUUAAGUUAUCCAAGUUCAAAGAAAUUCUUCAAGUCUGAGACAAUAUGCCCAGAAAAGCAUGUAAUAUAUAAUAGCAAUUUACAGCUCUGGAAAAAAAGAGACCACUUAAAAGUGAUGAGUUUCUUUGAUUUUACCAAACUGAAAACCUCUGGAAUAUAAUCAAGAGGAAGAUGGAUGAUCACAAGCCAUCAAACCACUGCUGAAAUUCUUGCACCAGGAGUGGCAUAAAGUUAUCCAAAAUAGUGUGUAAGACAUGCCAAGAUGCAUGAAAACUGAUUAAAAACCAGGGUUAUUCCACCAAAUAUUGAUUUCUGAACUAUUAAAACUUAUAUGAACUUGUUUUCUUUGCAUUAUUUGAGGUCUGAAAGCUCUUUUUUUGUUAUUUCAGCCGUUUCUUAUUUUCUGCAAAUAAAUGCUCUAAAUGACAAUAUUUUUAUUUGGAAUUUGGGAGUAAUGUUGUCUGUAGUUUAUAGAAUAAAACAAUGUUUAUUUUAUUUAAACAUAAACCUAUAAAUAGCAAAAUCGGAGAAACUGAUUCAGAAACUGAAGUGGUCUCUUGAAUUUUUUUCAGGGCUAUAAAUAGCUUACCUCUGUAAUAAAUAUUCACUCACAAUGACCAUCACUCUCAUACCCCACACUACAGCCAGGAUGUUUAUAAGUAUAUUGAGUUAUUAUUAUAAACGAGUUUUGAUUAUUUACCAUCUAUUUCGUGCAACUGCACUCGGACACGUGCUAGGACUACACUCUGGUUACAUUUUAUUUUGGAAAUAUUCUUGUGUAUUGUGAUUACAUAUACAUAGAAAUCUUUAACAUUUGCCUUUUACCCAAAACUUUAAAAUAACUCCAUUGACGUUAUUUUAUUAUUUUAUUUUUCUCUAUUAUUUUUUGGGGUUUUUUUGCAUGUCGGUGACGACAUGUAUGAUUGUUAAUUGAUGGGGUUCAAGAUUGAUGGUUUGAAAUUAGCCUGUAUAAUGUGAUGGAUCAGGCUGAUCACGUUGAUGAUAAAACAGUAGAUAAUAUUUGAGGGUUCUUUUGCAAUUGUUAUCUUCAGCAUAACUAGUUUCACAAAGGCCAGUACUGCAACACCAUUAACACAUUAUGCAGCCCUAAAGUUCCAUCAUAAUGGAAAAAACAGACAUAGUGUUUGCUUGAGCGUAGACUGUGUUUAGUUCCCUGUGUGUACAAUUUGAUUCUGAGUGACCAUUUACUGAAGGGUGGAGUCUUCAUAAAGCUUUAUGAUGUCGACUGAAUUUACAUGAAUGUACAUCAUUAUUUAUAAAGACUUAAUUUGACAAGUUACGGCAAUUUAUACCUGAUUUCAUAUUUGACCUGAAUUUAUGACCUGAGUUCAAACCAGAGUUCUUUCUUUGUGUUCUGCCAAAUUCUGCCUCACCGCUAGAAUUCAUUCUCCUUCAUGUUAAUUUCAGCACAACACACCUUCUUUUUCUUCUUCUAUUGUUUAAUAGGUUACAGUAGACUGCCGCAACUUCCUGUAAUUGGCCAGCAAAAGUCUGAACCAAACAAGAAAGUGUUUUUACACUUCAGAUGAAUCAUAGCUCACACUAAAGCCAGUGUUUAUGUGUGGAUUGGAGGUUUGUAAUGAAGUAUAAUGAGUUAUUAUUGGAAACGAGUUCUGAUUAUUUACCCUCUUCGUUUAAGCGAAUGCAGUCAGACGCGUGUGCUAGGGUCAAAUAUUUCAUAUUGGAAAUAUUCUGAUGUAUUAUGAUUACAUAUUGUCGCUGUCACACAACAACUAGUUUCAAUACUUACCUUUUUAUUACUUGGUAUAAUUAGUAUGCAUCAUAUUUUUUCACUAAAAACUCCAGAACAGCUACGUUGUCGUCCAUUUAAAGUUUCUUUUUUCUCCUCCAGUAAAAUUACCAUUUUGGAGGCACAGCUUCUCAAGAUGUUAUGUUUUUUGUGUGACAGUGACCUGUGUGCACAUCCAUUGUAUUUUUUGUUUUUUAUUAUUAAUGUAACAUGGUUCAAUAUUAGCCUGUAAUAUUGCCACAAUGUUCUGUAAUUGAACCAAACAAAAAAGUGUUUUUAUACAGACCAACUGGACCGUGGUUUUGUUGUUCCAGUUUUGAUUCGAUCUCUUUUGAUCAGACCAAAUUUUACACUUUUCAAAUGUCUAAAGACCCGGACUAAUCAAGGUAGUUGUAAAAGAAACAUAUAAAUUAGCCUAUGUAAAUGUUUAUAGGGUUUUUUCAAAUUGUCAUGAAAAGCUUGUGUAGGUGUUUAUAUAGCAUUAUGAGCUCUGCCCUCAGUGAAGUGUGGGAACACCAUUGUGUGUGAACAUGCUUGCUUGCUCAGUGUUAAUGUGUACAUGUGGGGGUGUGUGUGUUUGAGAGAGAGAGAAAAAGGAGUAAAUGUUAAGGAUAAUUUCACACAGCUUGCCCUCUUCAUUUUAAACCAAGGAUACAAACAACAAACGGAUAAAACAAUAUUUUAUUUAUUUGUUCAUACACAUGUUGAUCCCAGUGUUUUUACAUACACACACACACGCACACACACACUACACUCCAAUACACUCCCACAGAUCCCCUGUUCUGGUGUAUCUGUCGUUGUUCACUCUGUUUUUGUUUUUGUUCUUUUCUUGUUGACUGUUGUGAAUUCAGAAGGACUGAGUAGGAGAGACAUUUUGUUGUCUGGUCUUACGCCAGUUCUGUCACUGUAGAACUUUUAUAUAUAUAAAAGAAAAGCUAAGAUAGAAUUUAAUAAUAAAAAAAGAAAUUGAGUUUUUUA